AAAAACAGAGCUGCAAUCCCUCUUCUUCAUUACUCUUCAUUUUAGUUUCAAAAUUAAUUGUUUUAUUGCCAAAUAUCGUGCUAAUAGCUCAUUACCGGGCAUGUACUUAAAACUCGAGAAAAAAUCAAUCGCGAGCCAGGUUUAAAUCGAAAAAAAAUAAGUGUUACACAGACAAAAAAAAAAUGAGUGACGAAACAGACAAAAGUCAGGUGAAUCUCGAGAGAAAUGGGAACGUCGAGGAAAUCAAUGGGAAUCCAAUUGGAAAUGUGACGACCACGACAGAGACGACAAAAAUCGUUGACGAGAAAAAGUCUCCCGCUGCGAAACGUGAAUGGGUUAAAUUUGAUGACGACGAUGCAAACAAGAACAAAAUCCAGACACACCCAUUGGAAAAAACGGAAGAUGACACUCCCGCGGUGUUAGCUACCGAAUCUGUGCACGUCACAAUUGCCUCACCAAAGAGCAUUUCGCCGAAAAAUUCCGUUGCUGCGUCUUCGUCGACAUCGGUGCUCGCUACUUCCGCAUCAUCUAACCCGAAUAACAACAACAACAACAAUAACAAUGGUCUUACAUCGAAACAACAUCCGGUGACGAAUAAUUUGAAUCUAAACAAGACAUCACAACCCGCAGUCAUUGAACUUCCGUCGAAUAAUGUCAUUAUGGCGAGUACGCCCGGCAAUCAACUUCGCACGAUUGAGCUUUCGAGCGGAAGGAUAAGAGAGGGAUUUGCAAAUGGAGAUAUAAUUGUCACUUUACUGCCUGUCAACACGCGCCUUCCAUGGAUUACGCCCGCAAAAUUUAGACCAGAAUUAGUCCCGGAAGAGUUAAUGGCACAAGGAUUAACGCUCACCGUCGAAGAGUACGUGCAUGCCAUGGAGACACUCGUGAACGAUUAUCGCUUCACCUUGUACAACAUUUGCUACAAGCGCGUUCUCGUCUGCUGGAUUCUCUUCGCCUUUUGCGUUCUUCUCGGCAUCUUGUUCUCCGGAUUGACGGGCAUCACGCUCUUUUCGCUCGGCGUCGCGUGGCUUUUCCUCAAUGCUGCCGCCGUUUUUAUGUGCAUGUGGGUAAAAUUGCGUCUGGCACGCGGAUUAGAACGAUGCAUGGCACGCGUCAACAAACAACUGUUGCGACACAAGAUUUUGUUGGCACUCGACGAUCGCGGAAACAUUUCGUGUCACAAAGUCAACUUGUGCUUUUUGUAUUUCGAACCGUCGCAAUGCGUGAAUUACAUUAACGAGUUUAUCGAGAGGAACGAACAACAAGGCACGGUAAUUCAACCGGGAUGGGAGGAACGAUUGGAUGUUUCGGCGGGAGAUAUUGUCAUUCAAGGCAGUAAUACGACAAGGGUUUCGAGGAAACAGGAACGUGGGCUCCUUUUAUUCCUGCGAUACGCCCAUCGAUGGGGCAACGAGGCAAUGCGUGGCUUUAUCGAUGUGACGGCGCUCGAUCCGGCACGUCAUUGCACCAAAUAUCAGUGCGUGUGUCAGUACGUUAGCAAACAUCUGACGACGAAACCGAGAGGCAAGUUGAAACUUUUCAAUUUUUUAUACUGGGUGAAGGUGUCUGAUCGUUAUUGUGGCUUUAAUUAACCAAAUUUUCUCCCUUAACAAAUCGCUGAUGGCUUCAACUUGUACAUAAAUGGCACUUUUUACAACCACACAGCUAGAUUUUAUUGAAAAAAAUCACAAUUCUAGUCCCUUAGAUGUUUUUUUCUGUAAUGGAGUAAGAGCACUUUUUAAUUUAAAUGUUUAUUUUAACAUAUUUCACAUUUAUUAACCAAAAAAAAAGUACUUAAAAUAUAAGAAUUUUAAUUUUUGGGAACAAUUUUAACGUAAAAAUUAGUUAAUCAAAAAUUAAUCUCACAAAAAAGUUCAAUUUAGAGACAAUAACUUUAAAAAAAUGUGAAAAAAGUCAAAAAAUUUGCCUUACAAAAGUCAUGGAACGAAGAAAUUUCAUCAAUUUUUCGACAAUAAAUCCAAAUUUUUAUCUUCUUUCUGUGACUUUCUUCACUUUCAUGUCAUUUUUCAUCCAAAACUCAAAUCGUUUGAACACUAGAACGGAUCUGUAAAAAAAAUCAUAUCAUAAAAAAAUUUUAGUUUUGUAAAAAAAAAUAUUUUUCUUUUGAUUUGUAAAAAAAAAUUUAAAAUUGGAUUUUAAAAAAAAAUUUCUAAUGAGAAAAAAAUCAAAUUUAGGAGCUUAUUAUGAAAAUGAUCAGAAACCCCGAUGGCAAGGACCGAAAAUGCAAACGCUCUCGGCCGAAGAACUCAUUUGGAAUAUGUCGAAUCUCAGACCAGAAUGACUUAACUGGAUAUACUCUCCAAUAAUGAAAUUUUUAGAAAGUACAAAAAACGGGUGCCAAAAGCUAAAAUGGGUUCCUAUUUUGAUUAUUUUUAACUUUAAUUUUACCGAUGUUACCUCAGGAUUUUUAUUUUAACAAAAAACGACCAAUAUUUUAACUUUUUUAAAGCAAAAAUAGAUUUCAACAACGUUCUAGUGUUAGAUACGUACUUAAUUUAAAGUUCAAAUAAAAAUAAAACAAGUAUUGAGAAACAUUCCACAGAAAUGCGACACGAGUUAAAAGUAGA